UCAGGAGGUCUUGUGUUGUGAAAACAUGGAAACGGAGGCGAUGAGGAGGAUGAAGAAGCGCCUCAGAGCUGCAAACGCAGAAGCGUGCGUUGCUCAUUAGCCGAGUGAACUCUUUCUUUUUCCACUGACACGGGAUUUUGGAUAAAUGUUUGGCCCGUUUGUUGCUGACAGGACCGAGUUAUCGCUCAACACAUCUCACAAACAUCCAGCGUUAAUCAGCACGUUAUGAUGACGCAAAACGGCUAAAUAAACAGCCGUAUCUCCGCCUCGGGAGUGUUGUGCUCCAAAUAGAUGCCCGUAAAACCAUGUAAAAUGAGUCUGGCCUCUUCUGAAUCUAACCAAGACCACAUGGCAGAAAACGCAGAGGAGCCUGGUAGCUCAACAGACACAAUGAAGCCCUCCUCUUCUCACAACAAGAGGAAGCCCACUACUGUAGCUAAGCACACUGGACUGAAUGAAUCCGACACCUCAGCAGAGAGUGAAAAUGAAGGUGGCACUUCUGACAAUCCUUCAGACAGUAAUGUGGGCAGUUCAUCUAAAGGCACUUUAGUGAUGAGGCCAGCUGGGAAUGAAAACAAAGGUGCCAUGAAGCUCAGAGUGGAUUUCAAACAGAAACAAAAAGAUGAUACCCUGGUAAACUGCACAGCCUGUGGAAAACAAGUAAACCAGUUUCAGCGCAACUCUGUGUAUGAGCAUCCUGCGCUCAAAGUACUUAUUUGCAAGUCAUGCUACAAGUAUUACACAAGUGAUGACAUCAGCAGAGACUCUGAUGGGAUGGAUGAGCAGUGCAGGUGGUGUGCUGAAGGGGGCAAGCUCAUCUGCUGUGACUACUGCAACAAUGCUUUCUGCAAGAAGUGCAUCCUGCGCAACCUGGGCAGAAGGGAGUUGUCAACCAUUACUGAUGAGAACUCAAAGUGGCAUUGCUAUGUCUGCAGGUCAGAUCCCCUUCAGGAUCUGGUCUCCAAAUGCCACGGCAUCAUGGAAAAACAACACCAUGAGAAACACGAGAAACAUGAGAAACUCAAGCAACGGAAAACGGAUAAAACCGAGGAACGAGAGAGCAAGAGACACGAGAGCAAAGCAGUCAAAGAGCACAAAGCAGUUGUCAAUGGGAAAGAACACACCGAGGGCUCAGGGACCAUGACGUUCUCCUACAAAAAACUGCAGUUACCCAAAGAACUUAUAAAGAAAGCAAAAAAACUUGUUGAAACUACAACUGGUCUGAACAAUACAUUCAUCCAGUUCAUCCAGCAGGCAGCUGAGGAGCAGGGAGAUAAGGCUAUCAGGUAUCGGCAUUUGAAAGCCUUCAAGGCCGUACUUGCAGAUUUGAAAAAAGCCCACAGUGCUUUGGAGGCGGCUUUGGAGCCCGAGUUCAGAAACAUGGAGUUGCAAAAUGGCAACGAAGGGCAACAUAUUGUAAAAAAAAACACUAAUGCUGUGCCACCUGUAGAAAACGACCACAUGGAUAAUGCAGCGGACAAGGCUGAUGCCGUUACUGAGGCUGACGCUUUUGACAAGGCUGACGCUUUUGACGAAGCUGACACAGCUGCGGAGGCUGAUGCAGUCGACGAGGCUAACACAGUCGAUGAGAUUGACGCAGCUGAGGAGGCUGACGCAGUCGACGAGGCUAACACAGUCAACGAGAUUGGCACAGCUGAGGAGGCUGACGCAGGCGACGAGGCUGACGUAGCCGAGGGGGUUGAUGCAGUUGAGGAGCCGGAUGAGAAGCAGGACAUGGACAAUAAUCAAGCGUCAAAUAUGGUUGAAAUGAAAGACAGCCAAACAGAUAUUGAUAUAACCAAAAAGACAAUUAAAACUGAAGUCUGUGAUGAGCUAAUGUCAACUGGUGAAAUGUCCCUCGAUCAGGACAUUAUGUCUGUUCCUCCUUCAGUUCCCGAGGAGCUUUUCCAGAUGGUGGAGAGUCUUGCAGAUCCCACCAUGCUCUCACAGACUCCAGACACCAAUGCGGUCGGAAACACUGAUACAAAGUCAAAUGGAACGUCAUCAGAUUCUCAACGCCCGCAGCCCAAGGUGAAGAACCUCAUAGUUAAACUGACUCCUGUGCCGGUCGUGACGACAUGUGGGUCAAGAUCCUCCAGGUCCAAAAACAAAGAAAAAGAUGGAGAGGUGGUGAAAAAGUGUAAAGAAGAGAAGAAAGACAACACCACUGAUACAGUAGAUGGAACAGAGAGCCCACUACCAAGUCGUCGCUCUAGUAGAGUGAAGACCACUCCACUGAGGAAGCAGGCUGAGAAUAAGUGCAAGGAAGACUCGUCCGAAUCUGAGUCAGAGGAAGAUCGUAAGAGGAAGUCCAAGUCCUCCAAGAAAUUCAGCAGCACCAAAAGAGAGGAUGGGAAGCAGAGCAAGACGUCCAUGUCAGAGAAAAAGAGAAUAGACUCUGAUUCGGAUGAAGUUCCCAACAUCUUGCUAAAGAAAGCUGCAGAAGGCCACAGUACAGAUGAGGAACAGGGAAGCACAAGUGCAAAAAAGCGGUUAUUCAAACUAAACAACACAUCUUCACAGGAUACAGACAAAGCAUCCAAGCGGAAAAGGGAGUCUGAAAGCUCUGAUUCAGACAAAGGCAAGAAGUCGUCCAAGAAAAAGAAACAGAAUGGAUCAGCCUCGUCCAACUCCGACUCUGACCAAGAGAAGGAGACAAAGAGUAAAGUUGGCGCAGCGAAGAGGAGAUCCAGCCGCGUGAAGAAACAGAAUGAAGCAAAAGAGGAAGACAAAAACUCACCUGAAAGGAAGGCGUCGAUUCACAAAAGGUCUUAUGAAAAGAAAUGCAAAGGAAGGAGCCCCAAAGCUGCCUCCAAGCUGCAGUCAUCCACCAGCGAGGAUGAGGAGGAGCAGCAGGCUGAAGGUGACUCUGGAGAGGACAGCGACGAGCAAAAGAUCAAACCCAUUGUGGAAGAGAACAUGGUGGGGGGCGGUGGGAAUUUCCAUCAGUCCUCAGGUGACGAAGUGGAUGGCAAAGAGGAAGUUUCUCAAGUUUGUGAAGAUGAUGACGAUGAUGAUCCUGAGAACAGAAUUGCAAAGAAAAUGCUUCUUGCCCAAAUAAAGUCCAACUUUUCCUCCGGAGCAGAGAGCUCCUCUGAUAAUGAAGAUGCAGACGACGAAGACAAGUCCUCCAAGAAAGUUAAAAAAGAGGAAGAUGAUGAAGACGAGGAGCAAGACAACGAUGAUUCAGAAGACUCCGGUUCCAACGUGGAAGUGAAGACGCAAGGCCGACGCCACAAGUUGCUCCGUCAUAAACUCUCACUGAGUGAGGGUGAAUCAGGAGAUGAGAAAGCUGCCAGUAAAGAUAAGAAGAGCAAGGUGGUCAAGAAGAAGACAGGGCGGAGAGUUGACAGCGAUGACGCUGCAGACUCCAACUUUGAGAAGUCAGCGUCCAGCGCAGAGUCGGGGAUAAGCGAGGAGCUGAGUGAUUCAGAAAACGAUGGGAAGCGUCGAAAGACCAGAUCUGCAAAGAAGAAGGAUGAGGAGAAACAGAGAAGUUACAAGCAGAAGAAGAAGCGACGCAGGAUCAAAGUUCAGGAUUCGUCCUCCAGCAAUGAGAAGAGUGGAGAGGAAGAUGACGGCGAAAAAGAUGGAGAGGACCGCAAAGGGCGCAAAAAGAUCCGCAAAAUCCUGAAGGAUGACAAGCUGCGGACGGAGACGAGGGAUGCUCUGAAAGAAGAAGAGGAGAGGAGGAAACGUAUAUCGGAAAGAGAGGCACUCAGGAAGAAACUUCGAGAGACGAUUGUGGUGGAGGAGUCUUCCCAGGUGGCCUGUCCCAUCACCACCAAGCUGGUGCUGGACGAGGAUGAAGAGACCAAGGAACCGCUUGUGCAGGUGCACAGGAACCUUGUCACCAAGCUCAAACCUCACCAGGUUGACGGGGUGCAGUUCAUGUGGGACUGCUGCUGUGAAUCUGUGAAGAAGAUGGAGAAGUCUGCCGGCUCCGGAUGCAUCCUCGCCCACUGUAUGGGCCUGGGAAAAACUCUGCAGGUGGUGACAUUCCUUCAUACUUUGCUGCUUUGUGAGAAGCUCGACUUCACCACGGCACUAGUGGUUUGUCCCCUGAACACUGUCCUCAAUUGGCUCAACGAGUUUGAGAAGUGGCAAAUGGGAAUGAAAGAUGAUGAAAGUUUAGAGGUGAUAGAGCUGGCCACAGUGAAAAAGGCACAGGAGCGAGGGUAUGCCCUCCAGCAAUGGCAUGAGUCCGGGGGUGUUAUGAUUAUUGGCUAUGAGAUGUACCGAAACCUGACCCAGGGAAGAAACAUCAAGAGCAAGAAGCUCAAAGAGACCUUUCAGAAGACUCUAGUAGAUCCAGGUCCAGACAUAGUGAUCUGUGAUGAAGGUCAUAUCCUGAAGAACGAGGCGUCUGCUGUGUCCAGAGCAAUGAACUCCAUCAGGACGAGGAGGAGGGUUGUGCUGACUGGAACGCCUCUGCAGAACAACCUCAUAGAAUACCACUGCAUGGUGAACUUCAUCAAGGAGAACCUGCUUGGGUCAGUUAAGGAGUUCAGGAAUCGUUUCAUCAAUCCCAUUCAGAACGGGCAAUGUGCCGACUCCACACCACACGAUGUCCGUAUCAUGAAGAAGAGAGCUCACAUCCUCUAUGAGAUGCUGGCCGGCUGUGUCCAGAGGAAAGAUUACACAGCGCUCACCAAGUUCCUGCCUCCCAAACAUGAGUAUGUGCUGUCGAUCAGAGUUACUCCGAUCCAGUGUAAACUCUACAGAUACUACCUGGAGCACUUCACUGGUGUGGGGAAUGCUUUGGAGGGGGGCCGGGGCCGCGCGGGGACCAAACUCUUCCAGGAUUUCCAGAUGCUCAGCAGAAUCUGGACCCAUCCCUGGUGCCUUCAGCUGGACUACAUCAGUAAAGAAAACAAGGGUUUCUUCGAUGAGGACAGCAUGGAGGAAUUCAUCGCUUCAGAAACAGAAGAAUCCUCCAUGAGUCUUAGCUCUGAGGACGAGAAGCAGAAAAAGAAAAAGAAGCAGGGGAAGGGAAAAAAGAAGGGAUCUGAUGACUCGGAUAGUGAUGAUGUGGAGGUCAUCAAGGAGUGGAACUCCAGCUCUCGGGGCAACGGAGAGGGUCGACCCAGGGUAGAGCCUGUAGAGGAACCUCCGCGCAGCGGCUCAGCACCAGGGAGUAACACCCCCGACUGGCACAAGGAGUUUGUCACCGAGGCUGAUGCCGAAAUCCUGGAACACUCUGGAAAGAUGGUGAUCCUCUUUGAGAUCCUGCGCAUGGCCGAGGAAGUAGAAGAGAAAGUGUUGGUGUUCAGUCAGUCUCUUAUCUCUCUGGACCUGAUCGAAGAUUUCCUGGAGCUGGCUUGUAGAGCUAAAGAAGAAGAAAAGCCCUCUCCGUACAAAGGUGAAGGCAAGUGGUUCAGGAACAUCGACUACUAUCGUCUGGACGGCUCCACUAACGCCACCACCAGGAAGAAGUGGGCGGAAGAGUUUAAUGACCCCAGUAACACGAGAGGCCGUUUGUUCCUCAUUUCGACACGAGCUGGCUCCCUCGGCAUCAACCUGGUGGCAGCCAACCGGGUCAUCAUCUUCGACGCCUCCUGGAAUCCCUCGUAUGACAUCCAGAGUAUCUUCAGGGUCUACCGCUUUGGUCAGAUUAAGACCGUCUUCGUCUACAGAUUCCUGGCCCAGGGUACAAUGGAGGAGAAGAUUUAUGAGCGGCAGGUAACCAAACAGUCUCUCUCAUACCGAGUGGUGGACCAGCAGCAGAUUGAGAGGCACUUUACAAUGAACGAACUGGCCGAGCUCUACACCUUUGAGCCGGACAUGCUGGACGAUCCCUCUGAGAAGAAGAGCAAGAAAGCCACACCCAUGCUCCCUAAGGACACCUUCCUGGCCGAGAUGCUGCAAUCCAGUAAGGACCAGAUUGCGUGUUAUCACGAACACGACUCCCUGCUGGACCACAAGGAGGAGGAAGCCCUAAGCGAGGAGGAUCGCAAGGCUGCCUGGGCCGAGUACGAAGCAGAGAAGAAGGGUCUGUCCAUGAGGACCAACUACCAGACAGCGUACUCCCAGAUGGACAUGGGCACCUCCAGCUACUUCUCCUACAACAUGGCGGCUUUGGCCUCCAUGUCCAACCAGCAGCUGGAGGACCUUAUAAACCAGGGCCGGCAGAAGGUCAUUGAAGCAACAAAUGCAUUGAAGAAUUUACCGCGGGAGUCACUUGAAGACAUUAUUGGCAGAGUGUGGAAGGAAAACCCUUCACUCACAGAGACCCAGGUCCAGUCUAUGGCUCUGGGACGACAGGCCAGCGUGGAGCUGGAGCUCAAACGCAGAGAGGCUGUUUACAGGGACGUUCUCACCAGGCAGCAGACGCUGAUGAUGUACGUGCAGAAGCUGAUCACCAACAGGAAGGUCCAGGAGCAGCAGCUGGCCAUGGCUAACCAGGCCACCUACCUAAACCAGCUCGCCCUGCAGAAUGGCAUGAUGGGAGGCGGCGGGCUCAGCCAGAUCGACCUGCUGGGGCUUUAUCAGCAGCUCCACGGCAUGGGCUCCCAUCAAACCAUGGGCAAAAACCCUGGGCCCUCCAAGGGCUUGUAGGUCAGAAGGACCCUCCUUCAACCACCACUCAGCUAGCCAGCUCCCAGUGGCCCAGUCCAAGCAAGGCCCUGUUCUCUGACGGCUAAGAGCUCAAAGCAAACCGGUGCACCGAGCAGAGGGUGGAGUAGUUUUGAGACUAGGCCGCUGUCCACUGGGUCCUCAAGUGGCAUGGACUCAGUCCUUUAUUCUGUAGUUCACUGAGAGAAGGUGGAAUAAAAUGUAUAAAUGACUGUGUGAAAGGGUCUAUUAGGAUUCUCAACAUAAAUAAAAAUGUAUAUACCGCCUUAAUGUUAUUCAAGUUCUAUAUCUUCAUUUUUCAUGUAUUUAAGGAUAAACAAGUUUUACCCUCAAUGCUUUUAAGCAUUGUAUUGUUUUCCCCUUCAAAGAGGGUUUCCUUAUUAUUUAAACUCAGUUUUUUAUACUGUUUUAAAAGCCUAACUAAACCUGAGUGGGACCAUUGUCGUUGGUGACAGGACUCUAUAAUGUAAAGCUCUACAUGGUAUUAGCCUCGGUAGGUUCCUCCUCCAAUAUCUAGCAAAGCAGACAUUUGUGGUUGCUGCAAUGUCCUGCUCUUUUUGGGAGUUAGAAUAAAAAUUCAUGAACAAAAACAGAAAAAAAAUAAUGAAAAAAGUAUGGCCUUAUAUUCAUUUCCUAAAAAAAAUGCUCUGUAAAGUUCUGAGAUUUGAGAUUGUUAAAUUUUUUCUAUUAUGCUUUUAAGUGUUGACAUUAGUUGUCGCUGAACAUGGUAAUGGAAUGCUUGUGUUGUUCAAAACUGCCUGCCGGUUCCUAUGACCUUUUUUGUAACAUCAUUCUCAUCGUCACGUGUUGUCUAGCAUAGCACUGUGCGUCCUGUUCAUUGUUUAUGUUCCACUUGUGUUGAUCCCAAGCCUGGGUGAAUGAGUAGGUCUCACAAAGCACGAUCCACUUCAGCCCGGUAACACAGGGCCCAAACCAAUUCCCUUUACUUGUCUGUCGAAGUUUCAAAUGUGUGUUUUUCAGGAUGGAUUUGAUGGUGUGAGUAAAGAAGGGAAAUCUUCUUAUAUCUGGCUGACUUGUGUCGUCUGCUUUGUGACACCUGGAGUCCCCCCAGAAAGGCCCCAGACUACCUGUAUUCUACUUUGGCACAUUCUCGCUUCUAAAUGCUUAAACUGGUGUAGCGAUUAAUCAUGAGGGAUGUGAACAUUUCUCAUGAAGAGACACCUGUUGUCUCUAGUUGGCUCCUGUGUUUGCACAAGGUGUAUUUCAUAAAUGUAGACGAACUUUUUUGCCCUCCUAAGAAUGUUCUUAUGUUAGCAAAUACACCAACAUGAUUUGCCAUCAGAUUUGAUCUGCGUUUAUCUUGAUAAGUAUUUACUAUAACAUUUAAUAAAGUGACCAAAAGGUUGAGCAA